CGGGGCUUCCGAGCACCGGUGACUUUCAAGUUCACAAUGUUGUUCCGGAUAUUACUGUAAGGAGUUUGAGAUCCAGUGCUGUGAAGGCGGCUGGGGAUUUACUGGUGCAGGUAUAUGAUCAGCACGUCAGUAGUACUGGAAACUAGAAUCACGCACUCACCCUGGUUGUAAAGGUCGGCAUCAACGAGCCAGCGCGUCCUGACAGCUGCCUAUGAGGGAGAAUCUGCUUGCUGAUAUGAAACCUCACCUGCUUUAUCAUAAGCUCCCACAAGACAUGAGUGCAGUAACUUGCCAGACAUCCAAAUCUCCUCAAGUAUGUUUUUACAAGUGGGCACUGCUGAUCACUGGAAUUGUUGUUCUGCUCCUUUUGAUACUACUUACUCAACUGCUGCUGCUACCCCUACUCCUUGUACCUGUUGACUACCACAAUAAUGCACUGUUGCUGCAGACGGAAUCCUGCUCUGACUCUUGCAGGGCUGUUUUGGUGGAGAGCAUCCCCCAGGGUCUUAGCUUCAAUUCCAGCAUGCCCAGUCCUGUCAUUGCAGAUGUUUGGACAAACAUGAUUGCUGAGGCUAAGCACAGUCUGGACAUUGCCUCCUUUUACUGGACAAUGACCAAUGAAGACACAAACACUAGUGAGCCAACGGCACAGACGGGCGAACAGAUAUUGCAGGAGCUAAUUAAGCUACCCAAAACAGGUGUCUCAGUACGCAUUGCAGUGGACAGUUCACAGUCAUUCAAGUCCCAAAAAGAUCUACAAGCUCUGAAAGAUGGAGGGGUUUUGGUACGUGAAGUCAAAAUGCUGAAGCUGACCAAAGGGGUUUUACAUACCAAGUUCUGGGUGGUAGACAAGACUCACCUCUUCAUUGGCAGUGCCAACAUGGAUUGGCGCUCACUUACUCAGGUGAAGGAACUGGGAUUAGCUAUGUAUAACUGUAGCUGUCUAGCACAAGACCUGGAGAAGAUCUUUGAGAUGUAUUGGUUUCUCGGACAGCCUGAUGCUGUGAUACCAUACCACUGGCCUAGCAAUUACUCAACAGCCUACAACCAGGACACUCCUCUCAGCAUAUUGGUCAAUGGAACCUCAUCCAGAAUCUACCUCUCAAGCGCCCCCCCAGCUUUGUGUCCAGAUGGUCGGACUCAGGACCUGCAGGCCAUUUUGAGAAUCAUUGAGGAUGCAGAAGAAUUUGUCUAUAUUGCAGUGAUGAACUUUUUGCCAGUUAUGGAGUUCUCACACCAUAAAAGGUAUUGGUCAGACAUUGAUUCCCAGCUGCGCCGCAUUGCCUAUGAGCGCAAGAUUAAAGUUCGCCUUCUUAUCAGCUGUUGGCCGCACUCUGAGCCUGUCAUGUUCACCUUUCUACGCUCACUAGCUGCCAUUAAUGACCAUAAAAGCAAGUUGGACAUUGAAGUGAAGCUUUUUGUGGUUCCCGCCACAGAAGAACAAAAGAAGAUACCCUAUGCCAGGGUAAACCACAACAAGUACAUGGUGACAGACCAAGUUGCAUAUAUAGGUACUUCAAACUGGUCAGGAGAUUACUUUGUAAAUACUGCUGGUUCAGCUGUGGUGAUAAACCAGACUGUGUCCCAGAAUGGUGAUGAUGCUACUCUUCAGCAACAGCUACACACCAUCUUCGAGAGAGACUGGAAUUCCUCAUACAGUAUCCCAUUGACCAAUAUGGCACUGGUAGAUAAGAUUUGCCAGUUAGAAUGAGCAGAAUUGGAAUUGACUUUUUUGACUUGCAAAUGAUUGAUUUGAGUCAUAAUACUGGGAUGAAGGUUGCCAGGUGGAAGAAGGAUUCCAGAAGUGCCUUCUGCUGUGGUGAUGCUUUUAGGUCCAUUUGAGUAGAGUGUGAGCAGCAGUGAAGGCAGUAGCCUUUUUAAAUUACUAGGGUCAUCGUGUUUUGCAUGUAAUUAUGGGCAGAUGGUUAAGCGAGAAUACUGAUAACAAUGAUGAGAUUUCUCUGGUGGAGUUUUUUAUAGCCAAACAAUUGAAAUGCAUUUGAUAUAGAGCUAUUCAUAAUGUGUCAUGAUAUUUUUACAGUAAUAACAAAAACAAACAUUUGAACAGUAUUACACAUGCUGUAAUAUGAUAUAAUGCAAUAUAAAUUCAUGAUUAGGGAAACAAAGGAAAACUGAAGAAAAAAUACAUAUUUUAAGGUACAGAAAUUACAGAACUCUUAUGCGUAAAGCAAGAAGCAAACAAUUAUGUAGUAAGUUUUUCCUCUACAACAAUAAUUAAACAAGACUUUGAUAUGGUGUCUUCACUCUGUUUUGUUUGCUAAGUGCAACCUCUACUUUAAAUUAUAAAUUAAUCCUUUAAAUUUG